ACAAGAAGAUGGCACGAUUUCUGCAAACCUGGAAAGUCUAAAGAUUGCAAUAAUUGUUGGACCAAAGGGACCCUCUCAAGGCAUAAAUAGCAAGACUCCUACUGUCUUCUCUUGCAGACCAACUCAGCUGCCAGCAAAAGCAGGUGCUCUCCCCCUGCCAGUGCUCCAGAGGAAUAUUUAGCAAUGGAAAACCUGAUGUUUGUCUACUGGUCCUGUAAAGUUAUCUGGACGGUUCUUGUGACAGCGCUGGGUCGUGGCAGCAGCCUGCCCGUGGGGGAGGAUGCUCUCUGCACAGCAGAGGAGCUCGCUAGGUACAGGAUCAUCUUCACAGGGAAAUGGAGCCAGACUGCCUUCCCCAAGCAGUACCCACUCUACCGGCCCCCAGCUCAGUGGUCGUCCUUGCUGGGUGUUACUCAUAGUUCUGACUACAGCAUGUGGAAAAAAAAUGAAUAUGCCAGCAAUGGUGUACGUGAUUUUGCUGAAAAGGGUGAAGCAUGGGCACUAAUGAAAGAAAUAGAAGAAGCUGGAGAGAAAAUUCAGAGUGUACACGGAAUCUUCUCUGCUCCUGCAAUUUCCAGUGGUACAGGACAAACCUCAACUGAAUUAGAAGCACAUCCAAGACAUCCCUUAGUUUCGUUCGUUGUACGAAUUGUUCCCAGCCCUGACUGGUUUGUGGGCAUUGACAGCCUAAAUCUCUGUGAGGGAGACCACUGGAUGGAUGAAGUAUCAGUGGAUCUAUUUCCAUAUGAUGCUGGAACUGACAGUGGAUUCACAUUUUCCUCCCCAAACUUUGCCACCAUUCCACAGGACACAGUAACAGAGAUCACUUGUUCCUCUCCAAGUCACCCAGCAAACUCAUUUUAUUAUCCCAAACUCAAAAUUUUGCCACCAAUUGCUCAAGUAACAUUGGUGAAAAUAAAGAAAACCCAGCUAGGUCUUUCUGCACCUUUUAUUAAUCUUCCAGCCAAAAGCAAUGAAAUAAUAGACACUGUCUCAGAAACACCCCUGGACUGUGAGGUUUCCCAAUGGUCCUCCUGGGGGCUCUGCAGAGGGGUCUGCAGGGAAACGGGGACCAAGAUCAGAACUCGCUUUGUUCUUCUUCAGCCUGCCAAUAAUGGAAUGCCUUGUCCAAACCUGGAUGAAGAAACAGGAUGUGAACCAGAAAAUUGUGUCUGAAAUAAAGAAAAGAUAAUAAUUAAGAUAAUUUAAAAGUAGGAUAAGUUUAAAUCUAAACUACAUGUCAAUCAAGAUUCUUUAUCAUUCGGACACGCUGCACUAUUUUGCUGAAAAGCUGCAUGAGAGUGGGUUUGAAAGUUUUUAUUUAAUAUCAUUUUGGGGGGUUAAAUUCCUAAGGUUUAGUAGGACAACAGUACUGGAUAAUUUAAAGAACAAAACCCCCAAAUAAAUCCUUCCUCCAAAUACACUGUAAAUUCUUGGAGUACCCUCUAGUGGCAGAAAAGAAGACAUUUGGGAAGAUCGUAUUUCAUUUUUACUUCACGGAAAAAAUCUUUCAAUCACAAAGUCUAAACUAAUAACCUCCUUAAAUAUUGUAAUUUGUUUAUCUACACCUAUUUAUACCUAGAAAAUAGUUUUUCCUUCUAAAUUAUGUUUUUAUAAUUUAUUGGCAUUUUUGUCAUCUUUCUAACCUUGCUUAAUGUGCAUUUCCUCAGAAACUACAUACAAAAGUCAGAGUGACCAGAUGUUUGCAGUGUGGUUAAGACAAUAAUGGAACUGAGUAAAACUCGUCUUGAGACUUUUGAAUAUAUGAAAAUGUCUUUUUAUUUUUCUUUCUCAAAAGUGAGAAGAACAACUGCCAUGAGGACACAGCCAACAAAAUUACUAGAAAAAAAAUCUGAAGUGUGGAUAGUAGUAGAAAAC